AUGGAAGCCCCGGGGCAGCCCGGGCGGGGCGCCUUCCGAGCCCCCAGCCCGUCCAGCUCCGCUCCCGGCCACCUGCAGAGGGAAAAGCCCGCCCAGGACCCGCUGUACGACGUGCCCCAGGCCGGCGGGGCGCAGGCAGGUGGGCCCCAGCGGCCCGGGCGCGCCGUGAGCCUGCGGGAGCGCCUGCUGCUCACCCGGCCCGUGUGGCUGCAGCUGCGGGCCAACGCGGCGGCCGCUCUGCACACGCUGAGGACCGAGCCCCCGGGGACGUUCCUGGUGCGGAAAUCUCACACUCGCCAGUGCCAAGUCCUGUGCGUGCGACUCCCCGAGGCCAGCGGCCCCUCCUUCGUCUCCAGCCACUGCAUCCAGGAGAGCCCCAGGGGGGUCUCCUUGGAGGGCUCCGCGCUUGCGUUCCCGGACCUGGUCCAGCUCAUCUGCACCUACUGCUAUGCCCGGGACAUCCUUCUCCUCCCACUCCAGCUCCCCAGAGCCAUCCGCCACGCAGCCACCCACAAGGAGCUGGAAGCCAUCUCCCAUCUAGGCAUUGAGUUCUGGAGCUCCUCCCUCAACACCAAGGCUCAGCCUGGCCCCUCCGAAGGCCCGUUGCUGCCCCGGCUGAAGCCCCGGUCCCCGCAGGAGCUGGACCAGGGCACCGGAGCCGCCCUGUGCUUCUUCAACCCCCUGUUCCCAGGGGACUUGGGCCCCACCAAGCGGGAGAAAUUCAAGAGGAGCUUCAAAGUGCGGGUGUCCACGGAGACCUCUAGCCCCCUGUCUCCUCCGGCCGUGCCUCCUCCCCCGGUCCCCGUGCUGCCAGGGGCAGCCCCCCACCAGACAGAACGGCUGCCUCCUCACCAGCUGCUGCGGAGGGAGAGCUCAGUGGGGUACCGAGUACCCAGCAGCGGCGGCAGCGGCGGGGCCAGCCCUGGUCUCCCUCCCCUCCCCUCCCUGCAGGAGGUGGACUGCGGCUCCCCCAGCAGCUCAGAGGAGGAAGGGGCCCCGGGAGUGUCUGGGGGAAGCCCAGCCACCUCACCCCAUCUGGGCCGCCGCCGGCCUCUGCUUCGCUCCAUGAGCGCCGCCUUCUGCUCGCUGCUGGCGCCCGAGCGGCAGGUGGGCCGCGCUGCGGCCUCGCUGAUGCAGGAUCGGCACACGGCCGUGGGCCAGCUGGUGCAGGACCUGCUCACCCAGGUGCGGGCGCGCCCCGAGCCCCGGGAGCUGCAGGGCGUCCGCGAGGCGCUGAGCCGGGCCCGGGCCAUGCUGAGCGCGGAGCUAGGCCCUGAGAAGCUGCUGCCACCGGAGAGGCUGGAACGCGUCCUGGAGAAGUCUCUGCAUCGCUCUGUGCUCAAGCCUCUCAGGCCCAUCCUGGCGGCCCGCCUGCGGCGCCGGCUCUCUGCGGACGGCUCCCUGAGCCGCCUGGCGGAAGGCCUCCGCCUGGCCCGGACCCAGGGCCCCGCGGCCUUUGGCUCCCACCUGAGCCUGCCCUCCUCGGUGGAGGUGGAGCAGGUGCGCCAGAAGCUGCUGCAGCUGCUCCGCUCCUACUCGCCCAGUGCCCAGGUCAAGCGGCUCCUGCAGGCCUGCCAGCUGCUCUACGUGGCACUGAGAACCCAGGCUGGGGAGGGCGCGGGGGCUGAUGAGUUCCUCCCGCUGCUGAGCCUGGUCCUGGCCCAGUGCGACCUUCCUGAGCUGCUUCUGGAGGCCGAGUACAUGUCGGAGCUGCUGGAGCCUGCCCUGCUCACUGGAGAGGGUGGCUACUACCUGACCAGCCUCUCGGCCAGCCUGGCCCUGCUGAGCGGCCUGGACGAGGCCCACAGCCUCCCCCUGACCCCCUCACAGGAGCUGCAGCGCUCCCUCCGCCUCUGGGAGCAGCGCCGCCUGCCUGCCACCCACAGCUCCCAGCACCUCCUCCGAGUGGCCUAUCAGGACCCCAGCAGUGGCUGCACCUCCAAGACCCUGGCCGUGCCCCCAGGGGCCUCGAUCGCCACCCUGAGCCAGCUCUGUGGCACCAAGUUCCGGGUUCCCCAGCCUGGCAUGUUCGGCCUCUACCUGUACAAGGAGCAGGGCUACCAGCGCCUGCCCCCCGGGGUCCUGGUCCACAGGCUCCCCACCACCGGCUACCUCGUCUACCGCAGGGCAGAGUGGCCUGAGGCCCCAGAGGCCUCCCCUGGGGCAGCGACAGAGACGGCCAGUGGGGAGCCAGAGGUAGGGGGCAAGGAGGGGGAAAAAAGGGGCAGGGGAGGUAGUGAUAUCGAAGUCAAAGCCAGCCCCAGGGACAGCAGGGGAGAGUCUGAGGCAACUGUGGAGGGGGCCAAGGAGGGUGAGGGCCAGGCCAGGGGAACUCCUGCUCAGCCAGGGGGGCCAGAGGCAGAGGGAAGUGGGGUGGCAGAGGAAUAGCUGGAAGUGGCCAGAGUGUCUUGGGGCAGGAGGCUCAGCCUGCAGGGAAGGCCUUUUAGAGCCACCAGCCACACUCGCCCUUCACCGUCCUCACCCCAGGGCCUUUCCGGUGUCUGCCACCACCUGUUUAUCUCUGUGAUCACACCUGCUGGGCGAGCACUUGGGUUGGGCACAUCUAGGACACUGGAGUAAAAACUCAGGGGGCUUGGAGGACCUCACGGCAAGGGCCAAGGCCCCUUGCCUCUUGUCCUUCUCCCCUGCUGGAGGUCGGCUGGCCAGCAGCGGAGAGUGCCCGACCUCUGGAGCUGCGGAGGGCCUCUGUCAGGCUCUUUCUGCAAUGCCCCCACCCCCUUAGAGAGGGGUACAGCCUAGAGUAGGGCUACUGCCCAAAAAGCCCACUCCAGGCUGGGGCUUCAACGCUCUGAAGAGUUCCACCCUCUCUGGGGGACUCAGGGAGGCAGCAAGGGUUUGGGGCCCCCAGCCCACCUGGAUCAGGAGCACCUCCAAGCCUGUAUACUCACCUGUGAAGCUGCUGACCUGCCCCCCCACCCAGAAGUCCACCAGGGCUGGAGCUCAGGCCAAACUGAGCUCAGACCAGGGGGUAGGGAGGGAAGGGGUGGGAUGGGAGCAGCGCCCCCACCCUCCAAGCGCCUGUUCUUGCAAUGACCCGAGGGUAUGUUCAUCCAGGGGAACCCGGGAGGGCAGCUCCCAGCGAGGAAGCACCAAGUCCCAAUCUUCCGCCCAGGUGGGAAGUCCUGCCAGGCAGGCUGGCAUCCCAAGGGACCCGGACAGGAGAGAUACCACCACUGGCAGGGAGAGAGGCUUCCCUCUCUCCAAGUGGAGGCGGGGGACUUUAAAAGCAUUUCUCUGCACUUAACAUACUGGGAUUGCAGAAGAGCUUUAUGGGAGGCAGGGCGGGGCAUAUUACCCACCGAAGCUCAGGAAAGUGACCCAGCACUUUCCUGGGCUCCCCCACCCAAACCUGGGCUCAGGUCCCAACUACAUCCUCUAUUCUAAGACACCUGUAAAUUAACCCUCCAGGCCCAGCAGCCCCAAAGGCAGCCCUAGGUGCCCAGAGCAUCAGCAAACCCCAGCAAAGAACAAGCCAGAGACGACCACUAGGUGGCGCGCGUGGCUCGAGAAGCUGCGGAAGAAGUGUGGGGGGGGGGUGCUGUGACUCCAGGGCCCCAGCAACCCAGUGGUCACAGGUUAUGACAGGCAUCCUGGAAUGGAGGCCGAGGCUGCAGGCCCCAGCUCCCCUGGAGUCAGGGGAUCCUGGGGGUCAGACACUGAUCACAAAGGGAUACCAGCCCGCAUGUCGGACACACGCAAGGUCCAAGCCCAGACCUUCGAGUCAGACCAUCCAGACACAGCCCAGGUGCAGGGCUCCCAGAUUUCCCCAGAGGCCACUGGCAGCCCUUACCUCUCCAUUUCUCGCCGGCAGGGAUCCCCCGGCUCUUUUGUUUGCCUUCCCUCCCCCAUGACUACCCCCAGCGCCUGGCACAGUGCUGGACACUCCAUGGGCGCUCAAUAAAUGUUAU